AGAGCGUCAACUAAUUUCUGAAGAGAGCGACCGACCCACUUGUUGAUUACGUUCGUAGACAUAAAAGUCACAGGGUUGAGAGGAGGUGAGACAACUGGGUCCAUGACUUUUUAACACCGAGACUCGUGUACUGCAUUCACCUUUUUCAAAGAUUCUUUUGAACUACUCACACCUGAGUGUUCAACUCCGCGACAUGCACAAUGGAUACGUGCACGGUUCUAAUGGCGUCUGUCAUAACCACAAGAACAGCAGCCACAAUACGCACGGCAAGGAUAAAUCUUCCACGGCCGCCCGGUUCACAUGGCGGGCGAAUGAUGAUGUCUUCCACAAGAAAGUAAACGGCACGUCUGAAAUCAGCGAUGCUUCAUACGAAGAAGAUAGUAGCAACAGCGGGAGUGACGAUGGGAGUGGUGGCAGCAUUGGAAGUAUCAAUGAUGUGGCGAGGGCGUGCAAGAAAGUGCAGCUCGAGAGAGCUCGAUCUAUUCCAGCUGACAUUGGUGUCAGUCGGGAGAUCCGCCUCUUUUCGUUUGGGUCCGUGCACGGGAGUUGGUUCCGACGACGGAAGUUGAUCCUCCAUCUUGACAUCCGGAACACCAUCUUGGUUGCUGAUUCGGUGACUGACGUCACUGUCGAAGAGGCUUUAAACAGUUUUCUGACAGGCAUCGUCUGGGGCAGUGAAGUGAAAGGCGAGUGGAAAUGGCACUCCAACAUUCCCACCCUCAAGUCUCCCACGCCAGGGCUCGUUACUUACUACAAGUACCUGGAACGAAAACUCGUGAAGAACACAGCAGACCGUGCCAUGCUGAGACUGCAGACCGGAGACUUCACAAGGACUCCUUUGGGCAAGAUCUUCCGCAAACAUUUUGAGAUACAUCUGGCUCGCCUCUCGUGGCAGCACGACUGGGAGACGUCACGUGACAAAGUGCUUACAAUGGACGGGCGGGAUGGGAGGCCGUAUCACUAUAUCCUGCCGUCCGUGUACAAACUCCUGCACCAUCUUGUCGCCACCAAACGGGAUUUCGCCAUCAUUAUACGCACGUAUGGUAGAGACGCUAACAACGUCUUGUCCAGCUUGCAUUACGGACUAAGGGGCCACCAUCCGGCCUUCAGGUCUCCCUUGUACAUCCCCGUGGAUAAAACACCAGGUACCAUCAAGAGAAGUGGAAACUCGUUCGAGCUGAAGACUUUCGCGACGAAACGAGAGCAAGAGAUUCACCAGCUGCUGACACACGAGAGAGACAUCUACCGUUUGAUGUGUGCCUCCAAAGGCAUCUCGGGUUAUGUUGAUGAUUUCUUAGCAUGGCAAGAUAACAACUACAACCACACCUCGGGAAAACCCAUCUGGAUCGACCCGAGCGAUCAUCGUCAUCACCACAUUUUCUUUGACGACAACUUCAGAGCGGAUGACGAAGACAGCAUCUUGGACGUUCGAAUGUUUCGGAAAGAAAAUCCAGGCAAAGCUGAGAGCUUGAGCCAUGCAGAGUUGGUGGACUUGGAGGAAGUUUGCCUUGUACAAGCUGAUUUGCUGGAAAGCAUAGCGGAUGAGGAUUAUUUCAUCAAAACGGUCCAGAAAUGCGAAGAGAAUUACGCGCGUAUGGUGAUGGGCGGAGAAUUGUGACGACCGAGUGCUCAAAACAAAGACAUGCCUUUUCAUUAUACAUGUAGCCUACUACAGAUACUGCAGCGUAAAGAUAUUUCAGCUUCAUUUUCAGAGAUGUCAUGAAUCAAAAACGAAUUCAUCCUAUUGAAACAAACAGAUUUCUAUAUAAGCAAUAGGAUCAACAUAGUUACAAAUAGUUGCAAUGAGCUCCCUGAUAGCAGAAGGCCUCUCUGGGCCGCACCAGUGUAUGGAAACCCAGAGAAAAAUGUCAUUUGUUGUCUGCUUAAAUCCACACUGUUCGUGAAGGGAAAGCGCCCGUUAAGCAUUUACUUUUUGCCACCCCAAAGCCUCAAUGAA